UCGCUGGAGGGAGCCGCCAUUUUGUCUGUGUCCCUCGCAUCCGCCUCCGCCUCCGCCGCCGCUGUGUGUUCCUUGGCCGGGGAGGGAAAGCGGUGGAGUCCCGCCGGGCCGAGAGAAGGAGACGGGCAUCAUGAUUUCGGCCGCCCAGCUUCUGGACGAGCUGAUGGGCCGGGACAGGAACCUGGCCCCGGAUGAAAAGCGCAGCAACGUGCGCUGGGACCACGAGAGCGUUUGUAAAUACUACCUUUGUGGAUUUUGUCCAGCUGAAUUAUUCACGAAUACACGUUCUGACUUGGGCCCAUGUGAAAAAAUUCAUGAUGAAAAUCUCAGAAAACAGUAUGAGAAGAGUUCUCGGUUCAUGAAAGUAGGCUAUGAAAGAGAAUUCCUUCGUUAUUUACAGAGCUUGCUUGCAGAGGUCGAACGUCGAAUUCGAAGAGGCCAUGCUCGUUUAGCAUUGUCUCAGAAUCAGCAAUCCUCAGGUCAAGCAGCAGGACCUACUGGUAAAAAUGAAGAGAAGAUUCAAGUUUUAACUGACAAAAUCGAUGUACUUCUACAGCAGAUUGAAGAACUGGGUUCUGAAGGAAAAGUAGAAGAGGCUCAAGGAAUGAUGAAGCUUGUCGAACAGUUAAAAGAAGAAAGAGAGUUGCUCAGGUCCACAACUUCAACAAUUGAAAGCUUUGCAGCCCAGGAAAAGCAGAUGGAAGUUUGUGAAGUCUGCGGAGCUUUUUUAAUUGUUGGAGAUGCACAGUCAAGAGUAGAUGAUCAUUUGAUGGGAAAACAGCAUAUGGGUUAUGCUAAAAUUAAAGCUACAGUAGAAGAAUUAAAGGAGAAAUUAAGAAAAAGAACAGAAGAGCCUGAGCGUGAUGAUCGGUUAAAAAAAGAGAAGCUAGAACGAGAAGAAAGAGAGAGGGAGCGUGAAAGGGAAGAAAAAGAAAGAAAGAGGCGACGUGAGGAAGAAGAAAAGGAAAAAGAGAGAGCUCGUGACAGAGAGAGACGAAAGAGAAGUCGUUCACGAAGCAGACAUUCAAGCAGAACCUCUGACAGGAGAGGUAGUCGAUCAAGGGACCAUAAAAGAUCCAGAAGCAAAGACAGAAGACGAAGCCGGAGUCGAGAUCGACGCAGAAGCCGAAGCCAUGAUAGGUCAGACAGAAAACACAGAUCACGAAGCAGGGAGAGAAAGCGGUCAAAGAGCCGGGAUCGGAAAUCUUACAAGCACAGAAGCAAAAGUAGAGAGCGAGAACAAGACAGGAAAUCUAAGGAAAAAGUUUCCAAUUUUACAGAUAUAGCUGAGUGUCUCAGCACACGUGAAAAAGUGAGGCCAUGUGUGUAUUUACUGUGAAGUCCAUGGUCAAUGUCUUC